AGCCUUACCCAGUAAGAUGGUCCCCGCUCAAAACGGAAGAAGAAGAGCUGUCCGUUUCCCUCACGUUGGUUGAAGUUUUAAAGCUAACGUUCAGAUUUUUGUUUAACAACUUCAAGGCAAAAUGCCUUCAGCAGAUGGACCAACUGAUGUCCUCUUUGAGGACGAUGACCUACCUUAUGAAGAGGAGAUCAUCAGGAACCCUUAUUCAGUCAAGUGUUGGAUGCGAUACAUCGAGUUCAAACAGAAUGGACCCAAGGCUACACUCAAUAUGAUAUACGAGCGGGCUCUGAAAGAGCUACCUGGCAGUUACAAGCUUUGGUACAACUACCUGAGAGAAAGGCGGAAGCAAGUAAAGGGGAAAUGUAUUACAGAGAUGGUUUUUGAGGAGGUCAACAACUGCCAUGAAAGGGCCCUGGUGUUCAUGCAUAAGAUGCCUCGUAUAUGGCUUGAUUACUGCCAGUUCUUGGUGGGUCAGUCUAAAAUCACCAAAAGUCGAAGGUCAUUUGACCGGGCCCUCCGAGCACUCCCUGUUACACAACAUCCACGUAUCUGGCCCCUCUACCUUCGCUAUGCACGGAAGCUCCCACUGCCCGAGACGGCCAUCCGGGUCUACCGCAGAUACCUAAAGCUCUCUCCAGAAAACGCAGAGGAGUACAUUGACUACCUGCGCUCCAUCGGUCGCCUGGACGAGGCGGCCGUGCGCCUCGCCGCCAUCGUCAACGAUGAGAACUUUGUGUCCAAGGAGGGGAAGUCCAACUACCAGUUGUGGCAUGAGUUGUGUGACCUGAUCUCCCAGAACCCUGACAAAGUGAAGUCGCUGAAGGUCGGGGCCAUCAUACGAGGAGGCCUGACCCGCUUCACAGACCAGCUGGGGAAACUCUGGUGCUCCUUAGCUGACUACUACAUCCGCAGCGGCCACUUUGAGAAGGCCCGUGACGUGUACGAGGAAGCUAUCCUGACAGUGGUGACGGUAAGGGACUUCACCCAGGUGUUCGACAGCUACGCCCAGUUCGAGGAGAGCAUGAUCGCCGCCAAAAUGGAGACCACGUCUGAAAUGGGCCAGGAUGAAGACGAUGACGUUGACCUGGAGCUCAGGCUGGCCCGCUUCGAGCAGCUGAUAGCCAGACGGCCGCUCCUGUUGAACAGUGUCCUGCUGCGGCAGAACCCCCACAACGUCCACGAGUGGCACAAAAGGGUCAAGCUGUACGAGGGCAAUCCGCGACAGAUCAUCAACACGUACACGGAGGCGGUGCAGACUGUGGACCCCCUGAAGGCCACGGGGAAGCCCCACUCCCUCUGGGUCUCCUUCGCCAAGUUCUACGAGGAAAACGAGCAGCUGGACGAUGCCAGGACCAUCUUUGAGAAGGCCACCAAGGUGACCUUCAAACAAGUGGACGACCUCUCGGGGGUGUGGUGUGAGUACGGAGAGAUGGAGCUGCGACACGAGAACUACGAGCAGGCGCUUCGCAUCUUAAGGAAAGCAACGGCUAUACCGGCCAAGAAGGCAGAGUACUUUGAUGUGUCCGAGCCCGUCCAGAACAGAGUCUUCAAGUCCUUGAAGGUCUGGUCUAUGUUGGCCGACCUUGAGGAGAGCCUGGGAACUUUCCAGUCUACAAAGGCAGUGUACGACCGCAUAAUCGACCUCCGCAUCGCCACGCCACAAAUCAUCAUCAACUACGCCAUGUUCCUGGAAGAGCACAACUACUUUGAGGAGAGCUUCAAGGCGUAUGAACGAGGCAUUGCGCUCUUCCGAUGGCCCAACGUGUACGACAUCUGGAACACGUACCUCACCAAGUUCAUCGAUCGCUACGGGGGAAAGAAGCUGGAGAGAGCGAGGGACCUGUUCGAGCAGGCUCUGGAUGGCUGUCCUGCCAAGUUCGCAAAGACUAUCUACCUCCUGUACGCCAAGCUGGAAGAGGAGUACGGUUUGGCCCGCCAUGCCAUGGCCGUCUAUGAGCGGGCCACGCAGGCGGUGGGCACCGGGGAGAGGCACUCCAUGUUCAACAUCUACAUCAAAAGAGCCGCCGAAAUCUACGGGGUCACCUACACCAGGGCCAUCUACCAGAAGGCUAUUGAGGUCCUUCCAGAUGAGCACUCCAGGGACAUGUGUGUGCGAUUCGCCGACAUGGAGAGCAAGCUGGGGGAGAUCGACCGCUCGAGAGCCAUCUACUCCUACUGCUCCCAGAUCUGCGACCCCAGGGUCACUGCCAGUUUCUGGCAGUCGUGGAAGGAGUUUGAGAUCCGCCACGGCAACGAGGACACCAUCAGGGAGAUGUUGAGGAUCAAGCGCAGCGUGCAGGCCACGUACAACACCCAGGUCAACUUCAUGUCCUCCCAGAUGAUGAAGGCCACCACCAGCUCCACGGGAACGGUGUCAGACCUCGCUCCGGGCCAGCUGGGCUUGGAUGACAUGAAGAUGCUGGAGCAGAAAGCACAGCAGCUGGCUGCAGAGGCCGAACAGGACAAGGCGAAGCCCAAAGAGAAGAUCCUCUUUGUCAGGAGUGACACCUCUCGCAGUGAGCUGGCCCAGCUCGCCAAGCAAGCCAACCCGGAUGAGAUCGACAUUGAUGAUGACGACGACGAUGACGAGAACGGAGGGGAGGAAGAACAAGGCCCAGAGGAGGUACAACUGGAACAGAAGAGCGUCCCGACAGCUGUGUUUGGAGGGCUCAAAGAAGACUGAGUGGGUCAACAUGAGGAGACGUACUCUGAGAAGACUGCUUUGUCAAAUUCUUGACAGCCUGCUACAAUUCUAAUAGAAUAUGAUGUAUUUGUACCCUAGUAAAUGUUUCAGACUGCCGUAGUUCAUUUGUUUUUGCAUUUGUUGGUGUUAUUUCCAGGAUAUUGUGAACCUGCAUUUUGUACCACAUGACAUUAUGGCCACUGGCCACACGAUGGCAAUCUCUCUCAAUAUUUCAGCUAAAUACCGCUAGUUUACCUUCAGCUAAAAGAUGAAAGCCGAAUAUAAUGCAAUGACUUGCUUUUCAAGCGGUUCCAUUUAUAUGGAUGUGCUCUUUGUCUAAUUCCCUUAUAUCCAAGAGAAACAUUUAUGAGGACUUUCAAUUGUUUGGAGAGUUUCAUUAAAUUGGGAGCUAUGGCAAGGUAACAGUGGCUAAUGGUAUAUAUUUUGAAUCAAUGGCUGUUUUUUAAUGCAUAGUCAUACCGUUGGGACACUUCGAUCAUAGUGAAUGAUGCAGAGCUUAAGUAAUCUUACAAUCAUACAUUUAAAUAAUUAGGCUACAUUUAUAAAUAAUUGAAAGUUCCAGAUCAAUCAUAAUAAAUAUACUGAUCAAAAUGAAUUAUUGCAGGUUCAAUCCAUAUUAAUGUGAAUACAUUUCUCACCCUUGUAUUCAAUAUGCUUGCUAUAUGUGAGGUCCUGUGUUGACUGUUCAAACUCUAUGCCUCCUGAAAACAAAUGAUGCCUUAGGAAUUAUUUGUAUUUAAUAAGUUCGACAUAACUGACCUGCCUUUACGUAGCAUGUUACCAGAGAGUAGCUUCUGGAAACAAAAACACCUGUGUAAUGGCAGAUGCACCUGUCGCGUACAGGACUACCUUCCUACCUGCUGGUGGCGUUCACA